CUCACAAGAGGUGGGUCACUCGAGGAUUCUCUGCACUGCAUGAGAGUGCUAGGGAUACCUCACAGAAGAUGCACCGCUGCCAGCCAAACGGGUGUCGAUCGACGCUCUAAUUCUGGGAGUUUGGGACGGCUCGCACUGAUAGCUUGGGAGUGCUGGGCGUAUCACAGCCCGUCACGGCCAGCAACAUGGCUAAGUACGGCAGGUGGGCCAAGGCAAAAUACACGUGAACCUGCAGGCGGGACAGCGUCGUCGAGUCUGAAGCCUCUGCCCGGCUGGCUUUCCCGUGUUGAACGCCGCAGAUCUCAAAUCUUGCCUCUUGCGCCAUGAGCUGAGACAAACCACGAUCAGUACAGGUCACGGUACAAACAUGUGCUCCCCGCAAAAGUUUGAACCCCGGCCCAGGAGCUGUCGGGGACAGCCACAAUGCUACUGUUACCCUACUGUAUGUACCGUCCCCUAUGUCAGCCGCCGCCGCUCAUCCGGCCUCCCGUGGGCCUCUCGCAUCAUGCCAGUAAUCUCGGCGCCAGACCAACCACGGCCGGGCCAUCUGACCGGGAUUUAUAAGAGUAGAAAAGCACAGCAUCAGAUUGGGGUUACACAGCCAGACAGCGCAGAUUGCAAAGCAACUCUCACGACCCGAUUGAAGCUGGCCAUGAGAUCCAGCCCUCAGGAGACUGGUUUGCCGAGGCUAUCACGCGCAAGACACCUGAUGAGCAUCCAUCGCGGCGCUUUUUCGCGCGUCACAUCCACCGGAAAACUACCGUGCCUCUGCCUCCAAUCCCAAAGUAACGCCAGAGCAACAGUACAUGCGCGCUCCAAGUCGCGUCCGCUUCGGCUUUUCCCUUUCGAGGAUGGAGCCCUUUAUGCUUUGCAGUGUGUACUCCAUACGGCAAUCUGUACAAGUACCACGGCUUUCCUCAUGCGAUAUUCAUGAGGAGAGCGGGGAUGCAUCUCGGCACAACCGUACGUCCCUACAGUUGCAAGUCCAAGACGGGGCAGUCCAACCUGUUAGAGGUGAAGCGGCCGCAAUCUCAGCUCACACUCGAAUGGAGUCCUUUUUCCUGUUCGCAAAACACUGCAU